AUUGAGAAUAGAUAGGGUCUAUUCUCAAUGUCAGUACAUCACCUGUCAACAAUUGAAAAGACAAUAUGAAUUACAUGGUACAGAUAAUAACCGUGAUUUAAUAUUUAUGACUACACAUAUCGCGGAUAAACUGAGUUUUAAUUGACGAAAUGGAACAACGGAGGCCAAGGCAUAAGAAAGGGAACAAAUUCGACAAACAAAAAGAUGAGCGUUCUAAGUUACCUGAAAAAAGCUUGAGCAACCAAUCUGAAGCUGUCAAAGCAUCCCCAAGUAUAAAGAAGCUGACCCCAGAAGACUACGACUAUGUCAAUUCUGACAAAUCUCAAUUUGAUCAUCUGAAACGAGAGACGCAGGUGGAUACGUCUGAGCAAGUUCCAGCAAGUUCUCACUCUCGACGUAAAGUUGUAUCAAACUGGGAAAAAUAUGAUGACAUUAUUAGCACCGAUACAGAAACACAUAGUAAAGAUUUUCAGUCACUACUAAAUGCACCGAUAUCGGAAGGUGGUCAUUUCGUAUUCAAAUCAGAAAAAAAUUGGACGAUCCAAGCAACUAAAUACUCGGAUUUAUUCUCACUCAAUGUUGAUAAACUUGCCAGAGAUAUCAACUGUAUUCCAUUCAAUGAAUACAUUGAAGUAGAAGAUAAAUAUUUUACUAUUGAUCAGUUAACCAGGUUUCAAAAUUUAGCAGAAAAAUCUCGAUCAGGCAACGAAUACGUGGACAACAUUUCAAAAAUUCUGAUAGAAAGUUUUAAAGAAGAUAGUGCUAAAAAUCAGGGAGUUGAAUCCAAUGGUGAACUGGAAGAGUUUUCUGAAGUCAUUGAUACACAUCCUGAUGAGAAUAUCGAAGAAGAGUUGGAGUUUCUCUUAUCUUUGAAAGAACCCAUCAAUAUUGAUCAACCUAGAAACGCACCAGCUAUCCACCAAACUCAUACGGAAGGUAAAAAAAAUCCAGAACCCAUCUUCGGUACCUGUGAAGUCAAUUGACCUGGAGAAGUGGCUGGAUUCAAUCUUGGAUUAGCAUCAUAAUAUAAUAAGUAUCCCAAAAACACUGUAGAAUAUAUUUAUGAAAUGAUUUAUUCAACAAUAAAUUCUACACCGCAUCUCCCAA